CAGUCAUAUCGACUAUACACCAGGCAUUGUUUUUUCACAAGGCGUGGCAGUGUGUUAUUCGGUGGUGCCCAGCCUUUUGUUGCUUGUCUUCGUCUCGCAGAAGUACCUAUGCCAGGUUUCUUGCCCAGCCGCGAGAUUGGUUUGAUGUUCACUCGUUUUCGAAUCCAAUAUUUACGAAGAGUCCCGCCUCGAAGUUUAGUUAUUGCCCGGUAUGCUUUUCAGCGUGGGGAUCGCACUUCUUUUCGGCCAGGCACUGGCCUCGUCUCGUGCUCUUCAGCAACUCCGCCAACGACAAGGCAACGACUGCCCGCCCGUACACAUAUUUGGUGCGAGAGAGACGACGGCGCCGCCGGGGUUCGGAGCGGCUUCUGGAAUCGUGGAUGAUAUCACGAAAGCAAACCAGGGGGCCACGAACGAGCCCAUUGUGUAUCCUGCCUGCGGAGGGGCGGCUGACUGCUCGGGCGUGAGCUACGCCGACUCGGUGAAGAACGGGACCGUGGCUGUCGCUACGGCCGUCAACGACUUCAACAAGAAAUGCCCCAAGACGAAGAUUGUCAUGCUGGGCUUUUCGCAGGGAGCCCAAAUCAUGGACAAUGCGUACUGCGGCGGCGGAGACACCAUUGAGGGCGUCGAGGGAACCAACGUGCUCAUCUCCAACGAGGCCUUGGGGCAGGUCAAAGUGGCCAUCUUCAUGGGCGACCCUCGAUACGUGGCGGGACUUCCCUACGAGGUCGGAACUUGCAAGACACAAGGUUUUGCACCUCGACCCCAGGGGUUCCAAUGUCCAAACGGGGAAAAUAUCAAGUCGUUUUGUGACGAGGCUGAUCCCUUUUGCUGCAACGGCAACGACCCCGUCGCGCAUCUGCAAUACCCAAGUAUCUACGGUGACCAGAUCAAGCAGUUCGUCGGCGACAAGCUAAAAUAGACAUCCCUUUCAGAGAGAGAAAACCCGCCUUGAACGGUUCGAGAACGUGAGAAACACAGGGCAAAGAGACUUGCGGCCCGGCUCGCACUCGGAGACGUGCGGAUGGGAAGGCCAGCCCUCAAAGGGCCGCGCGGCCUCGUAGAUAAUAGAUGGCUACUUCGAAACACAGGUCAUUGUAGAUUUUUUUGUUUCCAUCUAUCUCAAGUUUCUACUA